AAUAAAAACAUUUCCCCGUCAGGUUUCAUCGCCAGCACGAAGUCCAGGACUGAGAAUUAGGUUCUCAGCGGAACCGAGAACUACACGGCGUUUUAUUUUGGUAGGCAUUAACAGCUUUCUCUGUGUGGAAAGACUCGGCAAAGUGGCUACAGGAUGCAUUUGGAGUUCACCGUUUACGUUCUCCUCACACUGCUGAUUUUCAAGCCUGCUGCGAGCCAGAACUGUGACGUAGCAGACUGGUGGGCAAGCUUAGACAGACAAAAGUGGUCUGUGUGCCCCAAAAUGAACACGUAUCUUAGAGGAUUCAUGAGAAGUGCUAAGGCGCCGGGAGACGAAAGAGUGGGGCGCCUCGAAGAAGGACGAUGCUGUGAAGCGGAUGAACCUAUAUACGCCAUUCAGCCUGCAGCUUGUUCAAACGCAAACUGGGCCUCUACAUUGGAUGGACUUGAUGUCUGGGCGCUUUGCCCUGCUGGGUAUUACCUGAAUGGCCUCAGGCCGGGACGCGGUCCCCCAGCAUUCUUGUCGGAUAUUGAGGAGGGACAAUGCUGCCGUCCCCAGAAUCAUCCCAAUAGUUAUGAAGACUGUUACGAUGAAGAUGUUACCAGUUCAUUCGAUUCAUUCGGUUGGAGCGAAUGCCAGCGGGCAGGUCAUUACAUGACCGGUUUCUAUAAAGGCAACUGCAAUGGUCUUUACUGCAUUGACAAAUUCAGAUGCUGCAAGAUGAAGAAAGACGUCGUGGGAAACUUGAUACGCGGGAAAAUACGUGAUACACGUGUGAUCAAUUGUCUUUCAGGUCUCAGAUCAGGUGCUGUGCAUGGCGGAUGGGGUGACUUUGGAGCAUGGAGCGAAUGCAGUGUACCGUGUGGAGGCGGAAUAAAGGAGCGAAGACGAACUUGCACCAAUCCCCCUCCGGCAAAUGGCGGCCACUGUUGUGUUGGAGACAACAUGGAGGCACAAAGCUGCAACACUGAGCCUUGCGAGGGAGAGGGAGGUAGCCUGUAAAGGUGACAAAGAUAUAAUCACUAGUUUGUCAUUUAAAUAAAGUUUCUUAUCUUAUUUUAGGUUCUGUUUCAAGUGGUAUCAGUAACGUAGAUAAGUGCUGCAUUGAAAUUCGAAGGAUGUGUAAAACUAAACAAUAACUAGACAAUCCGAAGAAAAACAAAAACGUUAAAUUAGGACGGUCACUAAACAACGUGCAACCGCCACCGUGAGUGGGGUUUGGAGGAGAAGUAUUUUGAGGAUUUAAGGCCAAAAGGUUUUCACAAUGUUCUGAACAAACUUAAUUUGGACUCGCAAUCAAAAAUUCCUGGAUCGGCGUGCCCCUACUGUUUAAGUGAACUAAGAAAUUAUUGUUACUUUCUGCCUUUAAUUAGUAAUCGCAAUUGUUACACUUGGUGAACAUUGCAAUAAUGUCCAAGAAAUUAAGAAUGGCUGGGAAAUCCUAAAAUAACCCCAGAAAACAUUUAGAUGUCCUCACCGACAUUGCUUUGUUCACUAGCGUGUGAGUUACAACUAAUAGAAACUUAAUCUAAAGCUGACUUGAUAUAUCAUAUCACCUACAAUGGCCCGGGGAAGGUGCAAACUUGCCGGAGUAUCAAUUGUGUAAAUGGAAGUUUAGACAAACGGUUAAGAGAUGUUAAAACUGUUUCACCCAGAUCAAAUGAAGGUUCACGAUCAACUUCAUUCUGGACACCUGCUAGAAUAUCACCCUUUGGACUGCGAACCCGAGGACAAGGCCUAGUAAAAAAUGAAUUUAUAUUUACCUUCGAAUAUCAUAAUUGUUUAGAUCUGUUCAGUGCGCCUAUUAGUCUCAGAAAUUGCUCAGGCAAAAUAUGUAACGCCAGCGUUUAAUUCCAAAUGAAAAUACAAUAAAUUAAUCCAUGUUAAACAAUUAUCAGCUGUAGUUCUGAGUUUAGAAGCCUGCCUUGUACAAAGUACAAUCCUGAUUUAAGACAAACUUCUUCGCUGUUUUGGCGUUAUCAUUUACUCACAAACGUAGUGACUUUGACGAAAAGAACAUAAUGAUAAUGAUAAUGAUGAUGAUGACGUUGUUGUUAUUGUUGUUGUUGUUGUUGUUGUAUCAAACAAUAAAAGCGGUGAUUAAACUGCUAAUUUCUGGUAUA